AUGGGAGACAAUGACAAAGAAAUAAAUUUGCGAGCUCCAAAACUGGCUAACCCUCGAGAAUGUGGCCUGGAGGGAGAAAAGAAAGGAGAGUUGGAGUCUCGCAACAAGCGAGCCGUGACGGCUCUGUACGACGCCUUCAACUCCAAAGACGUUGACGUUGUUCACCUCCUCCUCGCGCCCUACCUAGAGUGGUGGUUCCAUGGCCCCCCUACUCAUCAGCAUUUGAACCGCCUCCUCACCGGUGCGCCGCCGUACGACUCGUCGUUCAUAUUCCUUCCUCUGUCGAUUGUUGCAUUCGGAUCAAUGGUGGUGGCUGAGGGAUACGAGGAGGGUCAUUCGGUCUCGUGGGUGCACGCGUGGACCGUCACAGAUGGGAUAAUUACCCAAGUGAGGGAGUACUACAACACGUCCGUCACGGUUACCAGGUUAAUCUCACCGGAAACUACAUCACGGUCAGGUAGUUGCCAGAGUGUUUGGGAGAGUAAGCUCUCUGAUAAUAAGUCUGUACCUGGCCUCGUAUUGGCCCUAUAGCUAGUAGUUAAUUCUGGCUGUUUCUAAUAAAUUAAACUCUUAUGAUAACAAAUCAUUAUCUAAAAGUUUGGUUUUAUGGAUGCAUGAGGCGAAGCUCAUUAAGAUUGGUGUAUUAAUUAUGAACU